UGUAUAUAGUUUUUUCAUAAAUAUUGCCACUACCAACUUUUUGAAUUGCUUAAACAAUAUGGGGCUCUCAGUUGUGUUCUUAAUUUUCUUUCUUUAUCAGCUUUCUUGUUCUUCAUCCAUAUUUCUGUGUCCCAAACAUCAAAGCAUUUCCCUUCUAAAAUUCAAGGAAACAUUUACUAUAAAUCCCUAUGCUUCUUCUAGAUGUUAUUUCCGUGGUCAGAAGCCUUAUCCAAAAACGAGUUCAUGGAACAUGAGCAGAGAUUGUUGUUUAUGGGAUGGAGUCAUAUGCGAUGAGAUGACUGGCCAUGUCAUUGAGCUUGACCUCGGUUGCAGCCGUCUUGUUGGAAAGAUUGAUUCCAAUAGCAGCCUAUUCCAACUCUCUCAUCUCCAAAGACUCAACCUUUCUUGGAAUGAAUUCCACGGUUCUCAUAUCUCGCCUGAAUUUGGAAGGUUCUCGAGCUUGACACAUCUUGAUCUUUACAACUCCAAUUUCUCAGGUCAAAUUCCUUCUGAAAUCUCUCAUCUUUACAAGUUACAAUCUCUUCUUCUCUCGACAUCUUAUAACACUGUGCAAAGACUCGCAGCCCAUGAUUUUAGGUUGCUCCUUCAUAAUUUGACCCUAUUAAGAGUGCUUGAUCUUAGUGGUGUAAGCAUCUCUUCCACCAUUCCUCUUAAUUUUUCUUCUCAUUUUACAACGCUGGUGCUUGGGCAUUCAGAGUUGUAUGGAGUAAUACCGGAGAGUAUUUUUCACCUCCCCAAACUAAAAAUACUUGACUUAUCCAUCAAUUAUCAACUCAAUGGUUAUUUCCCAAAGACCAAAUGGAACAGCAGCGCAUCUCUCACAGAUUUAAAUCUCCAAGGAGUGAAUUUUUCUGGUUAUUUGCCUGAGUCUCUUGGUUAUCUAACCUCACUGAAUAAUUUGUUUCUUAUUUUCUGCAAUAUCUGGGGGCCUAUUCCUGAAUCUCUUUCUAAUCUCACUCGCAUAGAGUAUAUGUUCCUUGCAGGUAACUUCCUAAAUGGAACAAUACCAUCAUCGAUAUUCUCCCUUCCUUCACUAACUGAUUUAGAAUUGAGUAAUAACCAUUUUUCUGGUAAGCUUGAGGAUAUCAAGUCCAAUUCAUUAUUAUCUAUUGAUCUAGGCAAUAAUCAGCUGCAAGGCCAUCUUCCCGAGUCAAUUCAAAACCUUGUGAACCUCACAACUCUUGAUCUUUCUUUCAAUAAUUUUAGUGGUAGUGUGGAUGUCAGCUUCUUUUCAGACCUCAAACAUCUUUCAUCUCUUGGUAUUUCAUAUAAUAGUAUCUCAUUCACAAAUGAAAACAAAGUUAAUUUUACUUUGCCUGAAUCACUUGUGUACUUACAGUUGGCUGCCUGUGAAGUGAAAGAAUUGGAGUUUCUAAGAUCCGCAAAGAAGCUUGAGCACUUGGAUCUUUCUAAUAAUAAGCUUCAAGGAAGAUUUCCAGAUUGGGCAUCAUCUAACUGGAUGUUUUCAUUGAACAGUCUUAAUCUAUCCCACAACAUGCUGACAAGUGUGGACUUAACUCCUUUUCAAUCUCUAAAAACAAUUGAUUUGCGAUCCAAUUCUCUUCAAGGGUCCCUAUCUAUGCCACCAAAUUCCACAACAUACUUUUUCAUAUCAGAAAAUAAUCUUAGUGGAGAAAUUCCUUCAUCUAUUUGCAACUUCACAUCAUUGGUAAUGCUAGAUUUGGCGAGAAACAACUUGAAGGGAGCAAUUCUGCAAUGUUUGGGUAAUAUCAGUAGCCUCCAGGUUCUGGAUAUGCACCACAACAGUCUUACAGGGACUCUUCCAACAACUUUUAGAUUUGGAAGUUCUCUGAGAAGCCUCAACUUGCACGGCAAUAAACUAGAGGGGAAAAUUCCCCAAUCUUUGGCCAAUUGCAAAGAGUUGCAAGUUCUUGAUUUAGGAGAUAAUCAUCUCAUUGAUAUAUUCCCGAUGUGGUUGGGAACUCUUCCAAAGCUGCAAAACUCCAACGAUUGA